AUGGCGGCGGCGUCCAACGCGGACGCGUACAAGUCCCUCGCCUCCGGGGUCUCGUGGCCCGAGGCGUGCAACAAAUCCCUCGCGGAGAUGGACCCGGAGAUGGCCGACAUCAUCGAACACGAGAAGGCGCGCCAGUGGAAAGGCCUCGAGCUCAUCCCGUCCGAGAACUUCACCAGCCGCUCCGUCAUGGAAGCCGUGGGCAGCGUCAUGACAAACAAGUACUCCGAGGGGUACCCGGGCGCGAGGUACUACGGCGGGAACGAGUUCAUCGAUCAGGCCGAGACGCUGUGCCAGAAGAGGGCGCUGGAGGCGUUCCGUCUGGACCCCGAGAAGUGGGGAGUGAACGUCCAGUCCCUCUCCGGAUCGCCCUCCAACUUCCAGGUGUACACCGGCUUGCUCAACCCCCACGACAGGAUCAUGGGCCUCGACCUGCCCCACGGCGGCCACCUCUCCCACGGGUUCCAGACGGACACGAAGAAGAUCUCCGCGGUGUCCAUCUUCUUCGAGUCCAUGCCGUACAGGCUCGACGAGUCCACCGGUUUGAUCGACUACGACGCGUGCCAGACGCUCGCCACCGCGUACCGUCCGAAGCUCCUCAUCGCGGGCGCGUCUGCGUACAGCAGACUGUACGAUUACAAGCGCAUGCGCGAAAUCGCCGACAGCACCGGGGCGUACCUCCUGGCGGACAUGGCGCACAUCUCCGGCCUCGUCGCCGCGGACAUGAUCCCGUCGCCGUUCGAGUAUUCCGACGUGGUGACCACCACCACGCACAAGUCCCUUCGCGGCCCUCGCGGCGCGAUGAUCUUCUACCGCAAGGGCCAGAAGGGCGUCGACAAGAAGGGCGCGCCGGUCAUGUACGACCUUGAGGACAAGAUCAACUUCAGCGUCUUCCCUGGGCUCCAGGGCGGUCCCCAUAACCACACGAUCGCGGGUUUGGCCGUCGCGUUGAAGCAGGCGGCGUCGCCCGAGUUCAAGGCGUACCAGACGCAGGUGAUGCGCAACAUGCACGCCAUGUCCGAGAGGCUCAAGAGCCACGGCAUCGAGCUCGUCUCCGGAGGUACGGACAACCACCUCGUGCUCGCGGACCUCCGCCCGCUCGGCGUGGACGGCUCGCGCGUCGAACGCGUCCUCGAGCUCGCGCACAUCGCGUGCAACAAAAACACCGUACCGGGAGACAAGAGCGCGAUGGUCCCCGGCGGCUUGCGCUUGGGCACACCCGCGCUCACGACGCGCGGAUUCGUCGAGGCGGAUUUCGAGAAGGUGGCGGACUUUGUCGUCCGCGGCAUCCACAUCGCGAAGGACCUCAAGACGAAGCUCGGGCCGAAGCUGAAGGAUUUCCGCGACGGUUUGUCUCACGCGCCCGAGGGUAAGUUCCCGGAGAUCGACGCGCUCAAGGCGGAGGUUGAGGCGUUCGCGGCGACGUUCCCCACCAUCGGGUUCGACAAGGCUGAGGGCAAGUACACUCAGUCGCUGUGAGCCGACUCGGUCGCUGUGAGCCGACUCGGUCGCCGCGAGCGCUCGGCGUCGAGUCAAUUGUUUCAGAUUUGUUUUGAGAUUCAGUUGUGAGAUUAUACC